AUGUCGGCGCACCUACUCGGGUUCUCCAAUAGUCUGUGCGUCCUGCUGGCUGCCGGCGUACGGAUAGCACAGAGUCUGGGACUCCAUCGCUUGGGCCCAAGCACCGAUGACGACAUGUCGCCGGAAUCCGUCGACCGAGAAAUCGGCCGCCGUGCAUGGUGUCAGCUGUGUAUCCAGGACUGGUUCUCCAUCCCGUUCUGCGAGAGCUAUCUCAUCUCUCGACACUGCGCCAACACCGCCAAACCACGCAACUGCCGCGACAACGACAUGGUCCCACGGUCGCAUGACGAGCCCACGACCACCAGCUAUUUGCGAUUCUUCUACGAAGUCGCCGCGCUGAUGCCGUCCCUCCAGGACGGGUUGAUGUCAGCCAACACCCCCUACACCCGCUACGAGCAGGUGCUGGAGCACGACCGCCGCCUGCGACAGUUGGCCACGCGGGACCUGCCAUACUACCUGCAGAACGUCCCGGUGGAUCCCUCCUGGCCUCGCCAUGUGCCGUGGGCGCGACGUAGUCUGGCGAUCAGCUCCUCGCACAAGAUCAUCAUGAUCCAUCGCAAAUUCCUCGAGCUGAGUUUCACGAAUCCGGUGUUUGCGCGGACCCGGCGGACAUGCGUCGCGGCCGCGAGAACGAUCCUCAAGGAGCAGAAGGAGGCGAUCCACGAUGGCGGUCCCGUGCUGUGGACUCACCAGGCGUUUGGCGUGACAGCUAGUAUCAUACUGUGUCUCGACCUAUUCUACCGAAAUACAUCCGAUCCCGAGACGACCCAUCAUCGCCAGCUCGUCCAAGAUGGCCUACAGAUUCUCUCUCACAGCGGAUCGAACAUGAUCGCGCAGCGUGGUGUACAUCUUCUCGAAGCUCUUCUCUCCCGCGAACAGUGCAGCCGACCACCACCGAUCGGCCGGGCUCUCGGUGGCGAGGUCGACGAUCGACGGAUUGACCUCGACCUCGUUGGCAUAAUCCGCAACUUCUGCGAGCAGGGGCGAUUGCGCGGGUUCCCGCGGCUGGCAGCUGGUCCAAAGCAGGUUCCGACGAUGGACAUGGACCAUGGCUGGCCGCCGGUCGACAAUCGUAUCGGACAGAGGAGCGGAGGGAGUGGAAGGCAGUCUGUCUUGUCACCGUCGUUGGAGUAUUUGGCGGCUCCGUACGGCUUGGAUGGUGUUGAGGGCCUACAAGAUAUCUUGUCUUUGGCGUCGAACUAUGUCAGUUGA